GAGCCGGGCCGGGAGGGAGGCAGGAGGGCGUCGGGCGACUCGGGGCUGCCCCCGGAGCGGCUCACCCGCGGCGGCAGCGCUGGCGACGAGGAGACAGAAGGCGAACCGUCGUCUCAAAUUGUGCUCCAUCAGCUGUUCCUACCCUCCCUAGACUGCCCAAAAAUACAAAGCAUGAGAGGACCUGGCAGUGAUUUAAGGUUUGUUUGCAUCCUGCUGCAAAGCCGUUGGGGGUAGCAGGGCUUACCACAGCCUAUUAAACCAGCGGAAAGUGGAAGCAGACCUGUGAUCUCUCCCAUCUUCCUGAAAGCUAGAAGCAUCAAAAACCUUCUAAAAAGUUGCCCAAGCGAGUAUACAUCUUUGAAUCCAACCAAAACUUAUGGAUCAGGUACAGUAAUUGAAUCUGUAGUUUUAGUGAUAAGCUGCAAUGUCUGUGAAGUCAAAUUUCUGAUUUAGACUUUAUCAAAAGAGUAAACUAGCAAUCUAGAUCUCUUCAAAACCCAAGCGCAGAGUCUUAUUAGUUUUAGCAAUUAGCUCAUUCUCCCCACGGAGAUAUCACUAGAAGGACUUCAUAUCACAAACACCACACAAAGAAUAACAUCAAGCAAAUAACAGCAUGUGCUCAGUACGAGAAAAGACAACUAUUUAUUUAGCACAGCGAGUUCAGUCAUUUAAGCCUUCGGCUUCUCGACAGCUUUGAGUUCAGUCUCGCUUCGAUGCUGAGAGAGGAGAAUUUGCUCUUCUCAGCCUACUUCUCACUGGACAUUUUUACUCAGAACGAAACUACCGCACAGCCUGGCACGUUAAGGCAGAACGGGAGGUGUUUGCUGAGAGGAGGUCACUUACAAGUGCGUGGUCCCAGCAGCAUGCCUGGGAGCUCGUGUGGCAUCUACGCUUCAUCUGCCUGACCCAAGCCAACGCUAGACCCACACUUUGACAAGUGCUACACAGUCCAUACAGUUCAAUAUAGUCUAAAAGUGCCUUAAUUUCAAGCGAGUAGCCCACAUGACUAUCCAGGGAGAAGAACAGCAGUUUUACGCUUAUAGCAUAAUGUGCACGUGAUACAUUCAGCAGUUCACUAGCCAUACAUUCUUUGCACUGAGCAGAAACCAGGGCCAAAUAAAGAAAUGUGGGUGCUGCGUGAUGUGAUGCAUGGCACAAAAAAGACAUCAUGAACGCUUUGUGAGAAUGCAGGGGAACAAACAAAGUGUCACCUCCAGGUUUUGUUUUGGUUUUCCCUACAAGGAAUGUGACUUUACUCAGACUGCGGUAGUAUAGAUAUGUAAAUAUACAGACAUACACAGAAUAUUCUUCAAGGCAGGGUGGUGGUACAGGCACACUCACAUGCACACAUAAACAGAGGUGUUUCUCAAACCAAACCAAAGAGGUGGGCUCCAGAUGAUAGAUCUGGACAACAGACAGUGUUAAGUUACGGCAGUAAGCAGAAGAUCCCUUAUGGACAGGACAAAUUACAGUCCCUGCCUGGGGAGGGCUGCAUGUGGUUAUGUACCCAGAGCAUAAGCUGCUGUCCCAGCACUGCCUCUGUGGGGUGUUUCCGGAUGGGGUUACUGGCCUUACACCCACAUACCCUAAGGGCAAGGAGGGGUCGGAUGCAGACAGAAAUGGUUAAGGCCCAUGUUGGCUGAGAAUUGUUUUUCCCUCUUCUGUUGCCAAACAUUAAGCAAAGAAAAGGAAAACACUUCAGAAAUAAAAUAAUAAUAAGAUUCUCAAAUGAGGCAGGCUUUUUUUUCCUCCCCCUGCAUCUAUCUAUGCUGAUCAGUGCAGACUAGAUAAAUGCUGCAUCUGUAGCAUCACACACUGCUAAAAAUAUCCCAUGCCACGAGAAGACAGGACAGGUGGAAGCAUCUCUUAAAGGCAGGAGUUGAAAAUAGAGGCAUUGGUCUGAAAAUCACCAACCCUGCUUUGGUAAAACAUGAAUCAGAACAGGGGUGGCCAUCUUCCCUUCCUCGUAAGCAGCACAAUAAGAGUCCCUACAGCCAAAAGCUUUGUGCCUGAAAGGAAGCAGAGCCCAGCAAUAUCCAUCCCUGUAUCCAAACACCAUUGGUUUGGGUAUGUUACUCUGUACCUGGUGGGCGGUAACACAGAUGAGGUUCCUGGCUGGACUGAGUUGCCUUUUGCUUCUGGCUCAUGCAUGAGGACAUGCCAAGGGCACUGCCAAAGUCUGGGUGCUCUGCAUCACCCCAGGCUUUUGGAUGAGGUGCAGGCAGGGAGGUGAAGCAGCCCCAUUGCAUCCUCUUGCAAAGCCCUGCUGCAGUUGCAGCAGGUUCUGUGCUAGGACUGCUUCUGAGUUACUUUGUGCCUCACAUCCCUACUUUCCCAAUUCAUAUUCCUCUGCUGUUGUUUACCCUCACUUCACCCCCCCCAAAAAUGAAUGACUGAACUGCACAGCAGGAUGAGGGGAAAUCCAUUCUGUGGAGGCACCCAGCCAUGGGCCCUUCUGUUCAACUCCAAAAAAUUCUCCAGGCUGUGACACACUGCUACUUGAAGACAUACCCACAAUACAGGGAAGGAGUGCUUUGGACCACCAGGAUUUCUCCUGGGCUGUUAGCACCCUUUCCAAAACCACUGUGAACUCAACAUAUACAUCUCCUUUCUCUGUACUGGUGAAGGUAGAGGUAGACAUUAAACUCAUGCUGCAAGCAGCCUGUCGUUCAUCAGAAGACAGCAUCUGAUACUCCCAGAGGUUGUGUGCCCUUGAGAAUAUUUUAUGAGCCUUGGGGAAAAGAGGGCAACCAUAGGAAAGGCCAUGCUGUGUUGAAAAGGCUUUUUGUCUGGGGAAGCUUUAUGCAUUCAGCCAAACAAAUUUGGAGGUAAAUGAAGAAGAAAUGAGCCAAGAGAAUUACCAGAUUGGGUUAUACACAUCUGCCAUCCUAUCUAGUAAUUUUUCAAGAAGCUGGUUCUGCAAAGACAGCACCCAAGGAACAUAUGCCUUUCUCUGCCCUAGUACACACUGAAUGUGUACAUCUAGGCUCCAAGACGCAUCACAUUGGCUCUUCAAUUGAUUUCUACUGAACUCACCCCACCAUCUCAUGGCCUUUUUCUAAGCAUCACUCCAAAACCCCAUUGGUUGCAACUUCUGUUGAGCUCCAGGGAGCCUGCGGUUGUGACCUCAUCUAAUCUCUGACAUCAUCUGAGCUCUGACCCAAGUUAAAAAGACAGUGCAAGAUAAAAUGACCCACUUCUUGGUUGUCAGGGUAAGGGCAUCUGCCAAGGCACUGAAUCCUCUCAUUGCCUGCCUUCCUUUUCCUUCUUAGAAGGUCUGGCUUUAGACCUGAGGUACUCACCAGUGAAACCAGGCUGCUCCCCAGUGCUGGGAAUUUGUUUCCAUUUCCAAGAUGUGGAGGAGUCACAAAUCCCUGCUACUGCCACAGGCGAGGAAUCACUCUAGGACAGAUGGAUCUUUCCAGUGACCUUGAUCAGGGUUUCCCUGGCAUGAUGCAGGAGAGCGCAGGAGGGAGCCAAGUGCCAGCACAGCACGCAGCGCUUCAGCUCAAGAUGCAGCAAGGUGAAAGCAGCUCCUUCAAGGUCAGAGGGAGACCUUGUCUCUUGUAUGGACCUUGGGCAUUUGCCAUAGGCUUCGUGCAAUAACUACAAUAAAUAAUGUCACAACAGCCUAACUCUUGAGUCAUCAUAUUUACUUAUAAGCAUUUUACCCCUUCAGUAUAUUACGGUUAUCAUAAUUCAGCAUCUCUGCUGCUGGUCCACCUGCUUCUCUGCAACUUGUUGUCUGCCGAGACUGGUCCUGUACUUGAACAGGCCUGCCAGCAUCACCAAGUUGUUGUAAUUUUAACAUGUUUUUCCAGUGCUGAGUCCCCAGCCUAGGUGGAUGCAGCUUUUGAAUGCCAGAAUUCUCUGGGCUCCCUCGAGCUGUCACAGCUUAUAAGAAGUCUCAUUUUCAUCUCCUGUUACAAGCUUUCUAUGCUCCUUUCUCCAACCACACCUCCCCUAUUUUAUUCCAUUAUUAGAAAAAUCACUGUCCACGAAGAGAUGCAAAGGAUUCUGCUUAGAUAUUUCUUCUCCUAAUAAUGUUUAUAGUGCCCUAUACUCCAGUGGGAGGUUUUUUUUAUUAUAAUAGUUUCCACAUUAUUUAUUCUGUUCUAUAAUAGGACUGUUUGUCCUUGGUUGUGUCUAGCUCUCUCAUCGAUGAAGCUUGCCUUUGGUUUAUUAUUAGAACGCUGCAUCCAUGCCCAGUGAUUACAACUGGUUUCUUUCUGAACAGUGUGAUAUGCACCUUGUUCAGCCAGAGCAGGAGUGAGAAGAUACGGUUGUUAUAAGGUGAUUUUCCAUCUCCCGUGAUGGCAGGAGAAGAAAGCACCAUCCUCUUAGAAGCACUGGAAGGUCUCACACUCGAAGACUUCCAAGAGUUCAAGAAGAAGCUGCCACACACUGAUAUCAAAGGAGGCUGGAACAUCGGCAGGGAUGAGCUGGAGAAGGUCACCCAUCCUUCCUCACUCAUCAGUUAUAUGGGCGACAGCUAUGGGGAAGGUGCUGCUAUGGACAUUGCCAUCAGUCUGUUUGAGGAGAUGAACCAGAGGGACCUUGCUGAAAAAAUCCUUGAUGAGAAGGUGAAAGAGUAUAAGCAGAAAUACACAGAGCACGUGGCCAGAGAGUUCCUGCAGUACAAAGAGGCGAAUUCCUGCCUAGGGGAGAACCUGUCUGUGCGCGACCGCUACACCAACCUGACCAUAGCCAGGAAGUCUUGGGAUCAGCACGGAGAUGAGCCUGGAGAUGUCAGCUCUGACACUGUCACCACACAAACACUCUUUGAACCCAGCAAAGAUGGCCAGGUGCCUCUGAUCACGGUGCUGGUGGGUGCCUCUGGCAUGGGGAAGACGAUGACGAUCAGGAAGGUGAUGAUGGAGUGGGUGGAAGGGACCCUCUGCACACAGUUUGACUAUGUCUUCUGCAUAGACUGCAAGGAGCUUUCCUUUUCCAAAGAAGUGAGCAUGGUGGACCUGAUUUCAAAAUGCUGCCCUCAACAGCGAAUGCCGGCUGGAAGGAUUUUGGGUAACCCGGAGAAGAUCCUGUUCAUCUUUGAUAGCUUUGAGGCCCUGGGAUUGCCCUUGGCUCAGCCGAAGGACGAGCUGAGCACUGACCCCACGGAAGCCAAACCACUGGAAACCACCCUGCUGAGCUUGCUCAGGAGAACAGUCCUCCCUGAGUCCUCUGUGCUCAUUGCCACGAGACCAGCAGCUCUCCAGAGCCUGGGGCAGUGCCUGGAGGGCAAGCAUUAUGUGGAAAUCCUGGGGUUUUCACCAGCUGCAAGGGAGGAGUAUUUCCACAGGUAUUUUGGGAAUGACAAUAAAGCAGAUGUGGCCUUCAGGUUUACCAGGGGAAAUGAGGUCCUCUACAGCUUGUGUGUCAUCCCCGUCAUGAGCUGGACUGUCUGCACCGUCCUUGAGCGAGAGCUGUACGAGAGGAAUCAGCUCCUUGCGUGCUCUAAGACCACCACACAGAUGAUCAUGUUCUACCUCUCCUGGUUAAUGAAGCAUAGAGUCAGCAAUGCCUGGCAGAACCUGCAGCAGUUCCUGCACAAGCUUUGCUCCUUGGCUGCUGACGGCAUCUGGAAGCACAAGGUCCUCUUUGAGGAGAAGGAAAUUGAGGACCAAGGCCUGAAUCAGCCACAGCUCCUCUCCCUCUUCCUCAAUGAGAAAGGUUUGGAGAAAGGCACAGACCAUGUGAAUGUCUACAGCUUCAGCCACCUGCACCUCCAGGAGCUCUUCGCAGCGAUGUUUUACGUCCUGGAGGACCAGGACGGAAUGGUCAGUGACUCACGGAUCCUUGCAAAGGACGUGAAUAUGUUGUUAGAAAGCUACCACACAUCUAGGAUGGAUUUAAACGUCACAGUGAGGCUCCUGUUUGGUCUGGUGAACCCCAAGUCAGUAGAGUACGCGGGUGAAGGAAUCGGGUGCAGAAUUUCAUUGCAACCUCGGGAAGAUCUGCUGAGGUGGCUUCAGACACGGCCCAGAGGCACUUCCCAUCCCCGCGAAGUGAUGAAGAUUGAGGAUUUGGACACCUUCCACCUUUUAUUCGAGACAAACGAAAAAAGCUUUGUGCAGAGCGUGUUGGGCAGUUUCACAGGAAUAGCCUUGCAGGACGUCAAGCUGACACUGUAUGACCAGGCGGCUCUUUGCUUCUGCAUCAAGCAGUGGGCCGGGCUGCUCAGUGUCACCCUCCGGAGCUGCUCUUUCCACCAGCAGCAUCACAGGCAGGAGCCAGCCAAGGGCUUGCCCCGGCAGAGCUGGCAGCAGGAGGAGCUGCACUCACCUCUGCACCCGCUGUGCCAGGCCCUGGGGCACCCAGGCAGCUCACUCCAGAGCCUCAGGUAUGGCCCUGCCCCGGUGUGCACCUCCACAGGGUGGGUGGCUGCACUCCCCGCGUGCUGCAGGGCAGUGGGGCAAAGCGUGCCUCUCUCCUGCAGGCUGCAGUGGUGCGGGCUGACGGAGGGUGACAGCGGGGCGCUGGGGACGCUGCUGGCCACGCUCCCCAGCCUGGUCCACUUGGAGCUGGGCGACGGAGCGCUGGGUGAUGAUGGUGUGAGGAUGCUCUGUGCCGGGCUGCGCCAACCCGGCUGCCAGCUGCGUGUCCUGCGGCUGCGGUACACCCACCUCACCAGUGCCUGCUGCCAGGACCUCGCCGUGGCACUGGGCACCAGCACGUGCCUGGAGGAGCUGGACCUGUCCUUCAGCGCCGGGCUGCGGGAUGACGGCGUGAAGCUGCUGUGUGAGGGGCUCCAGCACAGCGGCUGCCAACUGCGGGCGCUGCGGCUGGGGAGCUGCAGCCUGACCGGCGCCUGCUGCCAGGCCCUGGUGGCAUGGCUCAGGCACAGCCACGGCCUGAAGUGCCUGGACCUGAGUGACACCGAGCUGGGAGCUGGAGCCACGCUGCUGCUGCAGCAUCUCCGCCAUCACAGCUGCACGCUGCAGACGCUGGGGCUGAGCACUUCUACACUGAGCAAGGAUGCGCUGCAGGAGCUGGCUGCCCUGCGGGCGCUGAAGCCCAGCUUGAAGAUCACAGACCUACUGGAACACGAGGCCCCAGAGACGGGUGCCAUGGCACGACUGACCUUCCAGCGCAGCGUCUGGGCAGGCAGGGGGGCAGCUGUUCGGGGGCGAAAGGGGCUCCCCUCCUCUCGGGCAGCCCCUCCCCACAGCAGGAGCCUGUGCUAGCUGGGCCGUGCCCUGCUCUUCCUGCUGGUAACAUUCCCCCCGGUGCCGAAGGAAGGCCAGCAAGUUUCCAAGCAGUUUGAGGGCUUGAAUAAAAAAGGGACGUUCACACUGAA